AUGCCGGCGGUCCCUCAAGCAGAGCCCCAACCUCACACCCACUCCACUCACCCGCUCAUUCUGGGGUGUAGUGGAGACUUGUCACCACGCUGCACAAGUCAAGGCCGGUCUGAAGUGGGCGGGGCACAGGAGGCACCCAAAGGACACACAGAGACACCCAGCCCCAAGGGGAGAGAGGGGAGAGCCACGUACAGUCUCCCAAACCUCCCCCGCGCCUCCUCCUCCGUCCCUCCCGCCUCGAAGCGUCUGCACCGUGACAUUCUCUCCCAUUGGUUUGAUCCAGAGUCUUCCCCCUUCAAAAAGCCGGGAGGGUUGGGGGGUGAGGUGGUGGGGGCCGGGACUCAGCUCGCCCUCCCCGCCUCAGCUGCCCUGGCUCGGGCCUCGUGUGAGUGGAGCCUGUGGGCCCUGGUGGUUUGUGCCGACGCUGCUCGGUGGAACCCCAGGGGCUGGUACGAGACCUCACCCCCUCACCCUCUCCAGCUCCCCUUCAUCCCCACUGUGGCUCCUCCCUGCUCUGGGACACCACGCCAGAUGUGCUGA